CGGAAUUCCAACACAAGGGACAGCAUGGCUUCCUCAUCAUUCAGGACGUCCAGUAUGCUACGAUACAGCCUGUAUGCUCUGUUUCUAGGCCUGACGGCCUCUGCCUGCGCCGAGGCUCUCCUCAACAAGGACGUAGGCCAAUUGAGCCUCGACGAGAUUGAGGAAAAUCUGCAGAAAUGCGCAUUCGUACAGAACCUCGCCGAGCACAAGCUCCGGACAGCCCCGUCCCAGAAGUCGUGGACGUCGCAGCUUUUCGCCGUCCUCUUCCCCUCCUCGUCGCCGGCAAUCAACUCGCUCCUCGCGACGGCCUACAUCUCCGGCCCUCCCAAUUUUCUCCUGGCACUAUGCCCACCGAACAUAGACCCGUCCAGUCUCAGCGUGAUGGUGGCGUUCGCCGUCGGUGGCCUGCUGGGCGACACUCUCUUCCACCUCCUCCCGGAGAUCUUUCUGGGUGAAGACCACCACGACCGCGUCAAAUUUGUCAUGCUCGAACCCAACCGCAACCUCCUCCUGGGUGUCGGCAUCAUUGUCGGCCUCGUCGCGUUCAUGGCCAUGGACAAAGCCCUGAGAAUUGCGACAGGGGGAGACGGCGGUCACAACCAUUCGCACGAGCAUUCGUCUACUUCCUCGUCGUCUGCCUCGAACGGGAGCGCCUCCAACACCAGUGGCAGUACCCCUUCCAAGUCCCAUGGCGAGGUCCGCCAGCGCAACAAGUCGCAGAAGGCAGAAAAGGCAGAAAAGACCCCCAAGACACCACCACAACCAGUGGACCCGAUCAACCCCUCUGUCAAGCUCGCGGGUCUCCUCAACCUGAUUGCCGAUUUCACGCACAACAUCACCGACGGCCUCGCCCUGUCCUCGUCGUUCUACGCGUCCCCGGCACUCGGCGCGACGACCACCAUGGCCGUCUUCUUCCACGAGAUCCCCCACGAGGUGGGCGACUUUGCCCUCCUCAUCCAGUCGGGCUUCUCCAAGAGGAAAGCCAUGGGCGCCCAGUUCGUGACGGCCGUCGGUGCCUUUCUGGGCACGUGCAUCGGCAUCUUCGUCCAGGAGUACGGUGGAAACAGCAGCAGCAGUACGAAUGACUUGAACGGCGCCGCCACCAAGGGCAUCUGGGGCACGAGUCUCCAGUGGGGAGACAUGUUGCUUCCGUUCACCGCGGGCACGUUCCUGUACGUGGGCACCGUCGCCGUCAUCCCCGAGUUGUUGGAGACGGGCUCCGACAAGGGCCAAGAGUUGAAGAAGACGGCUCUGCAGUUUGGCGCCAUGUUUGUAGGUGCUGCCAUCAUGUUGGCCAUCUCGUGGUCAUGAAAAGCAAAAUGUGAGCUAAUACAUGAACUUCUUUUUGUUGGCAUGCUACUGCUCCCUGUGUGCAUAGAGGGGAGCAUUGACUGGAUAUUAUUCUGGUUCACACAUGUACGAGUAUAGAUAGAGAAGAGACCUGGAGUGUGAACUGCGUUGUUCAUUUGAAGCGCUUGGAUAAAUCGAUGGCUCUAGUGUCGUAUUCAUUUGCUC